AUGGAGAAGAUGGAGGAUUCAACAUCUGCAGCAUCCACAGAGCAGCCAAUGGACAAUUUAGAAGCAUUAGAAGCACCAGUAGAUUCUGCUAUAGUGCAGAAAGCAGAGGAUCCUGAGGAAAAUGACGAAAUGGAUGACUUAUUUGGGGAUGAUAGCGAAAAUGAGUCCCAGCCGGGAAGUGAGGAAAAAGAAGAGCGUGGUAGUGACGAAGAUGAUGAAGGAGUUACAAAUGGUCGCAGAAGUCGCGGGAUUGUAGAUGAGGAUGACGAAGACGAUGAGCAGGCAAUGUACAAUCGUAAGUUUUACGGUGACAAGGUUGAUGAGGAUGAUAAUGACGAUGAUUCUCAAGCUGAGUUCAAGGAAGCUGAUAUUGAUAUUGUUAAGCAUACGGUUCCAUAUAAGACUGUUGCCUCGGAUUCGCAUAGCACGCUUUACUACACAAAGGUCCCUCAAUUUUUAACGAUUGAUCCCAUACCCUUUGAUCCUCCGGCAUUUCAGAGCAAGAUUGAGGAGCGGUUAAAUAGAUUCUCGUCUAAAGAGGACCAACUGGGUGACAGGCUCAUUGAUGAAAACACAGUGAGAUGGAGAUACUCCCGAGACGCCAAUCAACGCGUGUUCAAGGAAUCUAACGCGCAGAUCAUACAAUGGUCUGAUGGAACUUUCUCUCUUAGACUUGGCGAAGAAUACACAGAUGUGCUGAUAAAUGACACCGAUAAUACUUACCUUGCAGUCAGUCACGAGGAACAAGAGCUAGUGCAAUCCAUAGGAGGUGGGGAAAUAUCGAAGACCAUGAUGUUUAUUCCUACAUCUACCAACUCCAGAAUACACCAAAAACUAAGUAAUGCUGUUGUGAGACGGGAAGAAAGGGAACAUCAAGGUCCAAGUACUUAUAUUGUUCGGGUGGAUCCGGAACUUGAACAAAGAGAGUUAGAAAAGAAACAAGGGCAAAUUAUACGCGAGAGGAGGAAACGGCAGCUGAGAGAGCAGCUGGAGAAGGAGAACAGAGAUUCACCGGAUCCUGUGGGCUUGCGCAAGUCUACGUCUUCGUUUGGACAUGCCAGAGGUAAUGAAUAUGAGGAUGAUGGCUUCAUGGUGGACGACGAUGAAGACGAUCUUCUAGACGAUGAAGAAGAAGAAAUGGAGGAUGAAGAAGACGAAGAGGAUGACCUUAAUGCAGAGAGAUUGCGACAAUUGAAAAGAGACGGUGCAAUGCAAUAUCAAGGUGAUGAAUCUGAAGAUGAUGCCAAGGACAGCGCAGAAGAGGAAGCCACAGUUAAAAGAAGGAAAAUUGCGCUAGUCGAUGAGGAUGAGGAUGAUGAAUAA